AUGCGUGGUCAUUUUCAACCAGGUAGUAUAAUUAUCAUUACAACAAGAGAUAAGUCUAUACUCAAAUUGGAUGAGAUUAAUGAAAUAUAUACGCCACUAGCACUGGAUUACCAUGAGUCAAUUCAGCUCUUGAGUUGGCAUGCAUUUGGGAAAGACGAACCUAAGGAAAAUUAUGUAGAGUUAUCAAAGGAAGGAACUAGAGGGUUUGGCUCUCCAGUAUAUGAGAAGAGUCAGACAAUUCAAGGACCUCAGAAUUCAAAGAUCAUUCCUGAGACCCAUUCUAACAAUGUCAAAUGCAACAUCGCUCGAUUUCAUUUAUCAGUUGUUAUAAAUUUCAUUGAUGAACUCAAGCUUGAAUCUAGCUCAUGCAGAACACUUCUAAUAAAGCAGCUUUCAAAAGGUUUAGAAGCGAUACAUGAAAAAUUUGCCACGUUCUUGAAAUGGAUAUUUGUAAAUUACUCUGAACUAUUAAAGGAGAGUUCUACAAAGCUUUUCGAGGAAUUGAUUGCAACCGUCAGUAUUAGCUGCUUCCUAUCUCGGGGUGAGAUUCCAGAGUGGUUUGACAACAUUAGUACGGGAUCAAUUUUAUCUUUUGUUGUUGUACCCCCACCGUUUAAGCAAGAGAUCCAAGGUUGGCUUUUAUGUGUUGUAUUUGCAACCCGAUUUCAUGCUAUUCAUGGAUUUGAUAUCAUCUGUAAAUUCAAAAAUAAUACCAAGGGCAUCGAGUGGCAGUAUGAAAAAAGGAAUUGUCGAGUAAACCCAAGUCAGGAAAAUAUGUGGUUGCACUCUGUACCGCUACAUGACAUUGUAUGCAUGUUGGAAGCUGGGGAUGUAGUGGAGUACUCAAUACAAGUUAGAGGUAGCUUCCAACUGAAGAAGUUUGGGGUCAAACUGAUUUAUUGGAAUGAUACGGAGUAUUGCCGAUCCAAUUUUAAAGCGAGGAUCCAGAAUGUACCCGUGCCCCAUACGGAUGACUUUCUUGAUGCAGUUGCUUCAAUAGAUCAAGCACUAUUGGCUGGUGAUAAGAAAAUCAAAAUUUUCUAUUUACAGGAUCAACCUUCCGAUUGGGGACGUGGUUUACCCUACUUCCAUGAAAAUCUGCAAGGGACUAUGUUCUUUGAGAACAGGGCUCCCUAGACAGGAAUUUUCUUUUCUUUUGGUGAGUUGAGGGCAUAAGAUGUAGAAAGAUUUUUUUUUUUUUUUUUUUAAUUGAUAAUUUUAUCUCAAACUCAAUUACAUAUAGAUAUAUCCAGUUUUAUUUAAAGAUAAAUUGUACGAUAA